GUCUGUGCUGCUACCUAACUGUGAUAGGUACUUGUAUUGUAUUGUUUGUACAAUACAAUUUAUUUUUUAUAGUUCUUCAUUAACUGCUAAUUGAAACAAUGAAUAAUUUUAACGUUUUUACUUAAAUCAUAAUUUACAAUAGCCUCAUGAAUUUUAUAAUGUUUAUUAGAGCACCAUUAUUUUAGAGCUGCAUUUUAUGCAUAAUGGGAAGAUCGUGGAUCCUGUUUACCUUAAAAGUGUUGUGUUUGUUUGAGUUGUCUAAAACGUCCCACGUAACCGUUUAUCAAGGAGAUACCUUACCUCACCAUGGCAGAUGUGAACCUAUAACAAUUCCUUUUUGUCAACAAAUAAUAUAUAAUGAAACUAUUUUUCCAAACAUACUCAACCACGCCAAACAGGAAGAUGCUGGUCCCGAAGUCCAUCAAUUUACACCGCUACUUAAAAUUAAGUGUUCACCGGACUUAAAGUUCUUUUUGUGUUCCGUAUAUGCUCCUGUCUGUACAAUACUGGAUAAACCUAUACCACCAUGUCGACAUCUAUGUGAAUCUGCUAAACAUAACUGUGAUGAAUUAAUGCUUUUGUAUGGAUUUCCGUGGCCAGAACAUUUACAGUGUUCACGAUUUCCAGUAGCAACAGAUGAAAAUGUCAUAUGUGUUGGUGAUAAUAAUGCAACACGUGAAUCUUGGAAACCCAAUGAAGCUAAAUUGCCAAAAGUUGACUUCAAGUCUAACAUUGAAAGGGACCCAACCAAGCUCUUCAGAGCCAAAGAUUAUGGGUUUGUCUGUCCUGUUCAAUUUAAGGUGCCUAAAAAUUUGGAUCUAGAAUAUUCUUUGAAAGUUGGAAAUAAAAUUGAAUAUGACUGUGGAGCACCUUGUAAUGGAAUGUUCUUUACUCAAGAUGAAAAGAAUUUUUCUAGACUAUGGAUUGGAGUUUGGGCAACUCUGUGUACUCUAAGUUGUCUUUUCACAGUCCUUACGUUUCUUAUAGAUACUGAUAGAUUCAGAUACCCUGAAAGACCCAUAAUAUUCUUAUCUGUUUGUUAUUUGAUGGUAGCUGCAGCAUAUGUUAUGGGUUGGACUGCAAGUGACAGUAUUAGCUGUCAAGGUCCUUUUCCCUCAACAGUCAGUGGAACUAGACUUCCUAAUAUAUCCAUUAUUACACAAGGAACAAAACAUGAACCAUGCACUAUUCUUUUUAUGAUUGUAUAUUUUUUUAGUAUGGCAUCUAGUAUAUGGUGGGUGAUUUUGACACUCACAUGGUUUUUAGCUGCCGGUUUGAAGUGGGGUCAUGAAGCCAUUGAAGCGAAUUCACAAUAUUUUCAUUUGGCUGCAUGGGCAGUACCUGCCAUCAAAACUAUAUCAACAUUGGCAAUGGGAAAAGUUGAUGGUGAUAUCUUAUCUGGAGUAUGCUAUGUAGGACUGUGGGAUGCAGAUGCUUUAAGAGGUUUUGUCUUGGCACCAUUGUGUGUUUACCUAGUGCUAGGUACUAUAUUUUUACUAGCAGGUUUUGUGUCCUUGUUUCGUAUUAGAACUGUAAUGAAACAUGAUGGGACAAAAACUGAUAAACUAGAAAAACUUAUGAUCCGUAUUGGCGUGUUUGGUGUUUUGUAUACUGUACCUGCUUUAAUUGUCAUAGCAUGCUUGUUUUAUGAACAGGCACAUUUUGAUAGCUGGAUGAUAACAUGGCAUAGGGAUAUGUGUUCAUCUCCUCUUUAUUCAAUUCCCUGUCCAUUUACUCGUCAGGAAAUGGAACGUCCUAAGUUUGAAGUGUUUAUGAUCAAAUAUCUAAUGACCAUGAUUGUUGGUAUUACUUCUAGUUUUUGGAUCUGGUCAGGUAAAACAUUAGUCUCAUGGCAUCAAUUUUUUGAUAGAAUUAAAGGUAGAAGAGUUGAAACUUAUGUGUGAAAAAAAAAUUUACAUUUAAGGCUACUCAAUAAUUUUAAGUUUACAUGUUUUAAUAAGUAUAAGGCUGACUUUGUAAAUAAGUUACUCAUUAUUUUUUAUAAUUUGAUAUUCAUUAAUGAAUUUGUACUUUUAUUCUUAAAAAUCAAUAAAACUAUUUUUAUAUG